AUGACCGCUCUUUACUCUGGAACACUUGCCGAAAACUAUCAGACGCCCUUCCUCACCCGAUCCUCGGCGAGACCGUCGGCGCCGCCCUCACCCUCCGCGCCACAGAUUCAGAGACGGGCAAGGGAGGAAAGGUCAAAGUCACUGAGGACGAUAUCAUCAAGCAUGAACGUGGAAAGCUGGCCAAACAUGCGGUACCCGUUAUGGCCGGUGAUGAUUUGGAAAGAGCUUGAUUUAUCCAGAAACGUCAAUGGAAAGAUUGUCAAAAGAGAGAUCAGAGACAUUGCUCGCGAAGAAUGGGCCAGAAGGAAUGGUAUCAAGCAAGUUGACGAACAAUGA